AUGGAUAUUAAUUUCAGUACUAACAAUCCUCCCAAAACUUCGAAGAUUAGCCAAUUGACUAUCUUAAAGUUUAAACGAGACAGAACUACAUGGGUGAUACCUUUGGACUUAACUAUAAAGAAUAAUUUUACCUUGAAAGUAUUUAAAGAGAAGCUAAAGGAGUCGAUAAACUCAUCAGGAGGGCUAAUUAUAAAUGAUUCUGAGUCGAGAGCCUCUGAUUAUGAAGCUGAAAAUGAAGAAGAAAUGGCAAUACCAGUACCUAAGUCUGGCUAUGCAGAUGAGAUGGAUGUUGCUCUGGACGACGACUUAAAUGUUGUGCAUCAAAUUGGCAUAGAAGAAAUAAGAUUAGCGAUUCCUAAAGACAAACUGUCGCCUUAUGAUAACCAAUGGAUCGAACUUCAUGAGGAUGAAAGUUUACAGCGCAUUUUGUUUAGUGAUUAUGAUAUCAUCGCAUUUCGCUACACAGGGGAUGAAAAUUUCACAAUACGUGAAGCAGCAUACGUAGAGUGA